UCUUUUCUCGUUCGUGUCACUUUUUCCUGGCUGGUGUUCGUUCGGUCCGACGCGUCAAUUGCUGUGAAUUUUCUGGAAAUUUACCUGUAAAAUACGGUGAAAAUCCGUGUAAAACUUGUUCUGUGAGGUGCAGUGCUAUCGAAAGAUGAUCGUGAAGGUAUAGGCGGUCGAAAACUAGUGUGUUUUGCAAGGGAAAUUUGAAUUUGAAAAUUUCUUUGUCGGCAGCCAUUUUCUUCCCAGAGUUGAGUGUUGAAUUUGGUGCAUUGGUGUUGUGGCUUGGAAAAAAUACUGGGGAAGUGUUUGGGAUUUUGAUUGGAAAUUGUGCAAUUUAUAGUGAGUGAGUAGUUUGGUGGGUGGUAAAUCGAGAAUGGCGAGUCCCUCGCCAGUUAACAGCCCUAUGCCUCCGCCCCAGGCGCCGAGUCCAAUGGGGCCUCCUUCGCAAAGCCCCGCCCCUUCCCCGUCGCCACAUAGUCCCUAUCAACAGCCGCAGGGACCUCCCCAGGGUCCGCCCCAUAUGGCACCGGGACAAGGUCCAUCUCAUCCACACGGUCCGCCGGGAUCGAUGCCUCCGGGACCCCCACAGGGAGGGCAGGGUGGCCAUAUGCAGAUGCAAGGUCCCCCACCACAACAUGGCCCUCAGCCGCCCAAUCCCCAUGGACCACAUCCGCCACAGCACGGCCCUCCGCACAUGAAUGGACCUCCAGCACCGCAAGGGCCGGGUGGACCACCCCCUCCGCCACACCAUAUGCAAGGUCCCCCCGGGGGUCCAGGAGGGCCACCUGGUCAAGCGCCGCAGCAUAUGCAAGGGCAUCCUCCGGGUCCCCAUCCGCAGAUGGGUCAACAUGGUGGACCGCCACAAGGCCAGCCUCUACCGCAUCCGGGAAUGCCACCCCACCAGGGUCCGCCGAUGCCACCGGGAAUGGUUCCCGGAGGUUAUCCACCGCACUCGAUGCCGCCCAACUCGGGUCCGCCACCACCGGUUCCGAUGCAGCCUGGAGGUCCUCCAGGUCCAGGUCCGAACAUGGGUGGCCCCGGAGGUCCCAACAUGAUGCCGGGAGGACCACCGCCUCCACCUGGCCAAGAGAACUUGAACGCUCUCCAGCGAGCUAUCGAUUCCAUGGAAGAGAAAGGUCUGCAAGAAGAUCCGCGAUAUUCUCAACUCUUGGCCUUACGUGCCACAUCCAAGCAGCAGAACUUGAAUGCGUCCCAAUUGCACCAGCUGCGCGGUCAAAUUAUGGCCUAUCGAUUGUUGGCACGUCAUCAACCUAUCAGUAAGCAGCUCGCGUCUCAGAUCCAGGCCCAACGGUCCGACGGAACGCCACCGCAAUGCCCAACACCGCCGGCUAGUCCAUAUCCGGGAGGUCCACAAGGAGGCCCAUCACCACAACCGGGAAUGCAACAGCAGCAACCGCCUCAACCUGGACCACCCCAGGGUCCACAGCAGGGCCCUCCGGGUGUUCCACCUGGUAAAGUCGGCCCUCCGGAGCCAGGAAAGCCAGCCACUGGUGGAAUGCCACCCAGCCAAAGUCCCAUGCCGGGAAUGACCAUGGGAGGACAACAACCUCCCCAUCAGCAACAAAUGGGUCCUGGCCAACCACAGCGACCAAGCUCUCAAGGACCUGCGGGAGCAGGACCACGCCCAGCAGCCCAAGCCCCAGCUGUUCAACCCAUUCAGAAGCAGAACCGUGUCACAACCGUCGCCAAACCGGUCGGUCUGGAUCCAAUCAUCAUCCUACAAGAACGCGAGAACAGAAUGGCUGCUCGAAUUGCCCUCAGGAUGGAAGAACUCAGCAACCUUCCAGCUGUGAUGCCCGAAGAUCUGCGAAUCCAGGCCCAAAUCGAGCUCAGAGCCUUGCGGGUCCUGAACUUCCAACGGCAGCUCCGAUCGGAAAUUGUCCAAUGCACUAGAAGAGACACCACUCUCGAGACGGCAGUCAACGUCAAGGCCUACAAGCGUACAAAACGCCAAGGAUUACGCGAGGCUCGAGCCACUGAGAAACUUGAGAAGCAACAGAAACUGGAAGCCGAGCGUAAGCGUCGUCAGAAGCACCAGGAGUUCCUCGCUUUGGUCCUGCAGCACGGCAAGGACUUCAAGGAGUACCAUCGCAACAAUGUUGCCAAGUUGGGUCGUCUGAACAAGGCCAUCAUGAACUACCAUGCCAACGCCGAACGAGAGCAAAAGAAAGAACAGGAACGCAUAGAAAAAGAACGUAUGCGUCGCCUCAUGGCCGAGGACGAAGAGGGAUACCGUAAACUUAUCGAUCAGAAGAAAGACAAGCGUUUGGCAUUCCUGCUGUCACAGACCGACGAGUACAUUGGCAACCUCACGGAGAUGGUCAAGCAACACAAGGUCGAUCAGAAAAAGAAGAAAGACGACGAGGAACAACGGAAGCGCCGCAAGAAGCGUAUGGUUCUGGAGAGCGGAGACAUCCAACAUCUGGAUACGGACUGCGAAGCGCACGAUUGCCGCGUUACGGUGGUUGAAACGUCGUCCGGAAAGACUAUCGCCGGAGAUGAUGCUCCGUUCCUGCGCGACUUGUACAACUGGUUGCAAAUCCAUCCCGGAUGGGAGUACGUCAUUUCGGAUGACGAAGACGACGACGAUGAUGAGGAUUCGGACGAGAAGAAAAAGAAGAAGGUCGAAGACGAUCUGUCGGAUGAGAACAAGACCAAGGAGGUCAUCCAGAAGGCCAAGGUCGAAGACGACGAGUACAAGACCGAGGAACAGACUUAUUAUAGCAUUGCGCAUACAGUUCAUGAGAAGGUCACCGAGCAAGCUUCCAUUUUGGUCAAUGGAAAGCUGAAAGAGUAUCAAAUCAAGGGUCUGGAGUGGUUGGUCUCUCUAUUCAACAACAAUCUGAACGGAAUUCUAGCUGACGAGAUGGGUCUGGGUAAGACCAUUCAAACCAUCGCCCUCGUAACCUAUCUGAUGGAGAAGAAGAAGAACAACGGUCCAUACUUGAUCAUUGUUCCGUUGUCCACUCUGUCCAAUUGGGUGUUGGAAUUCGAGAAAUGGGCUCCGGCUGUCGGAGUGGUGGCCUACAAGGGUUCCCCAGCUGGUCGCCGUGCCGUCCAGAAUCAGAUGAAGGCAACCAAGUUCAAUGUUCUGCUGACCACGUACGAAUACGUCAUCAAGGACAAAGCAGUCCUGGCGAAGAUCUCCUGGAAGUACAUGAUCAUCGACGAAGGUCAUCGUAUGAAGAAUCACCACUGCAAGCUGACGCAAGUGUUGAACACGCAUUACAUCGCACCGCACCGUCUGCUCCUGACCGGUACUCCGCUCCAGAACAAACUUCCCGAGUUGUGGGCCCUUCUCAAUUUCUUGCUGCCGUCUAUCUUCAAAUCGGUCUCCACGUUCGAGCAGUGGUUCAACGCCCCGUUCGCCACCACCGGUGAAAAGGUCGAACUGAACGAAGAAGAAACCAUUCUUAUCAUCCGUCGUCUGCACAAGGUCCUGCGUCCGUUCUUGUUGCGUCGUUUGAAGAAGGAAGUCGAAUCGCAGCUGCCGGACAAGGUCGAGUACAUCGUCAAGUGCGACAUGUCCGGAUUGCAACGGGUGCUGUACAAGCACAUGCAGAGCAAGGGUGUUCUGCUGACGGAUGGCUCCGAGAAGGGCAACAAGGGUAAGGGAGGCGCCAAGGCCCUGAUGAACACGAUCGUUCAGUUGCGAAAGCUGUGCAACCAUCCGUUCAUGUUCCAACACAUUGAGGAGAAGUACUGCGACCACAUUGGAGGUCAUGGUACAGUAUCCGGACCGGAUCUAUAUCGUGCCUCAGGAAAGUUUGAACUGCUGGAUCGAAUCUUGCCCAAGUUGAAGGCAUCCGGGCAUCGUGUGCUGCUCUUCUGUCAGAUGACACAGUGCAUGACCAUAAUUGAGGAUUAUCUUUCGUGGCGCGGAUUCGGUUACCUCCGUUUGGACGGUACCACCAAGGCCGAAGAGCGUGGUGAUCUGCUGAAGAAGUUCAACUGUAAGAAUUCGGAAUACUUUGUGUUCCUGUUGUCCACCCGUGCCGGUGGUUUGGGUUUGAAUUUGCAGACGGCCGACACGGUCGUGAUCUUCGAUUCCGAUUGGAAUCCGCAUCAGGAUUUGCAGGCACAGGAUCGUGCUCAUCGUAUCGGUCAGCGAAACGAGGUGCGCGUGUUGCGUCUCAUGACGGUCAACUCGGUGGAGGAACGUAUCUUGGCCGCUGCCAGGUACAAGCUGAACAUGGACGAGAAGGUCAUCCAGGCCGGUAUGUUCGAUCAGAAGUCCACCGGAAGUGAACGGCAGCAGUUCUUGCAGAGCAUUCUGCACCAGGACGAGAUGGACGAGGAAGAAGAGAACGAAGUACCAGACGAUGAAAUGAUUAAUUUGAUGAUCUCGCGUAACGAUGACGAGUUGGAGCUCUUCAAGAAGAUGGAUGCCGAGCGGAAGGCAGAAGAGGUCAAACCUCGCUUGAUUGAUGAAUCGGAACUGCCCGAUUGGUUGGUCAAGGAGGAAGAGGAAGUCGAUCGAUGGGAUUACGAGGAGGACAAUUCCAUCCUGGGCCGAGGAUCUCGUCAGCGCAAGGAAGUUGACUACACGGACAGUCUAACCGAGAAGGAGUGGCUGAAGGCAAUUGAUGAUGGUGCCGACUUCGACGAAGAACUUGAAGAAGAAGAACGCGAGAAGAAGCGUAAGGGACGUAAACGCAAGAGCCGCCGAGAAGAUUCUGACGAUGAAAGUGUAAUUUCAACAGUGACGAAACGCAGAAAAGGAACCACAGCUCCUAAGGUUAAGAAACAGAUGAAGAAGGUCAUUGAUGCGGUUAUCAAAUACACCGAUCAAGACGGUCGAGUGCUGAGUGAGCCAUUCAUGAGACUUCCUUCGCGAAGAGAUCUGCCAGACUAUUACGAAGUCAUCAAGCGACCCAUCGACAUCAAGAAGAUCGUAACUCGAAUCGAAGAAGCGAAAUACGCCGAUUUUCCCGAUUUGGAAAAGGACUUCUUCCAACUCUGCCAGAAUGCACAGAUCUACAACGAGGAGGCAUCCCUCAUCUACGAAGACAGCUUGGAGCUGCAGCAAAUUUUCACCACCUCGAAGCAGAAGAUUCUGGAGGCGGCCGAUGAAGAGGACUCCGACGAUGAUGACGAUGACAACUCGGACGAGGAAUCCGGCAGCGUCAAGAUGAAGCUGAAGAUUUCCAAGGCUGGAACGUCGUCGUCCUCGUCGAUGUCGGCGUCGAAGCCGAAGGGCACGCCGGGGCGCAGGAAACGCUCCCAGAAGAAGUACACCAUCUCGGACGAUGACGACGACGAUAUGGAUUAAGGUUUAGAUUUAGGGGUUUGCACAAUGACACGUAUUUAAUCAAUUAUGGAUUACCGUACGAGAACAUAUUAUGUGUGUAGGAUGUAACGUUUACUAAUCGUGGAAAUGCGUAGCUCGAUGGUGUGAAAUUUCCCGCAAUUUUAUGAACUUGAUUCCUUAUUGACAACAACUUAAAGCAUGCACUAGAACUCAGUUAAUAUAUAUUAGAUAUUGAUCAAAAAUAUGAAUCCCCUUAAAAUUAACGAACACGGUCAACCUUCAAGACUUGAUGUCUGGGUUUUCCCCAUGGUAUUAUAUGUAUCUAGCUGACAGGUUAGCGCUUACUAUGAUUGGAAAAUUACUAGACGAAACAAGGCUAGGAAAUUGAA